UGGUCUCUAAUUGUGGAAUUCAUAUUGUGUCUGUUAUUGAAUCUGUUUUGGCAUCUAAUUGUGUCCGAAGAAAGGGCACACCGUUCUGCUGAGGCUGUUGCGUUAAAAGAUUACGAUCACCUGGAGCCUGCCAGGGUCUUCCAUGCUGCUCGACUAGUCGCCAUCCUUGAAGCCUAUGCACUUUAUGACCCUGAAAUUGGAUACUGCCAAGGGAUGAGCGAUUUACUUUCUCCAAUAAUAACUGUGAUACUGGAGGACCAUGAGGCUUUCUGGUGCUUUGUUGGUUUCAUGAGGAAGGCUCGGCAUAAUUUCCGGCUCGACGAGGUCGGAAUCAGGCAGCAAUUGAACACUGUUUCAAAAAUCAUCAAAUGCAAGGAUUCUCACCUAUACCGACACUUGGAGAUGCUUCAAGCAGAGGAUUGCUUUUUUGUUUACAGGAUGGUGGUGGUACUCUUCAGAAGGGAAUUGACUUUCGAGCAAACGAUUUGCCUCUGGGAGGUGAUGUCUGCAAAGGAGAUGUUGUUUUGUUUACACAGAAAGUAUACAAGAAGUAACUCACUGGUUUCAGUUCUUGUUUUCCUUCUGUUUGGAAAGAGAGCUAUUGCUGGGAGAGUUGUCAAGGAAAGCUAUGGUGCUGCCAAACAACGACAUACAUUUACAAUGUCUCCAAUUGAGGUUAGAGGAUUAACACAAGUUGUGGAAGAAGGCAACUAUUGA